AUGACGGGCAGCAUCGAGGGGCUGGAGAGGUUUGAAAGUCCGGGGAAAGGACGAGGUCUCCGCGUGACCAGACCCUUUAAAGUCGGGGAGCUGCUGUUCUCCAGCCAGGCGUACUCUUACGUGCUGUCAGUGAAGGAGAGGGGCUGCUACUGCGAGUGCUGCUUCACCAGGAAAGAAGGCUUGGCAAGAUGUGGGAAGUGCAAGAACGCCUUCUACUGCAACGUGAAAUGCCAGAAGGAGGACUGGGCCAUGCACAAGCUGGAAUGCUCUGCAAUGACCGCAUUCAGAGAGAGCUGGUGCCCGUCUGAGAUGUCCCGCCUGGUGGCCCGGAUCCUCGCCAAGAAGAAAACGCAGAAAGAGAGAUGUGCCUCUGAGAAGAUCCUGCUCAUAGGAGAGAUGCAAUCACACGUGGACGACGUGGAUAACGAGAAGAGGGAGAUGCACGAGGCUGAUGUGGCUGCGCUGCAUCGUUUUUACUCCAAACACUUGGAGUUACCCGACCAUAAAGACCUGCUCACACUCUUCUCCCAGGUUGCCUGUAAUGGUUUCACCAUAGAGGAUGAUGAACUGUCCCACAUGGGCACUGCAGUCUACCCGGACGUGGCCCUGGUGAACCACAGCUGUCGGCCCAGCGUCAUCGUCACAUACAACGGGACGACGGCUGAUGUUCGGGCGGUGCAGGACAUGAAGCCCGGAGACGAAGUGCUCAUCAGCUACAUAGACCUCCUCUAUCCAACAGACGACCGCAACAACAGGCUAAGAGAGUCCUAUUACUUCACCUGUGAGUGCCAGGAGUGUAAAAGCAGGUCCAAGGACAAAGCAAAGCUGAAAGUGCGAAAGAAGGGGGACCCCCCUGAGCCGGAGGUCAUCAGCAACAUGGUGCGCUACGCCAGGAAAACCAUCAGAGAGUUCCGCGCCUUCAAACACACAAAAACCCCUAGUGAGCUGCUGGAGAUGUGUGAACAGAGCCUGGAGGAGAUGGGGGCCGUCUUCGACGACUCCAACGUCUACAUGCUCCACAUGAUGUACCAGGCCAUGGGGGUUUGUCUCUACAUGCAAGACGCAGACGGAGCUAUCAGAUACGGCGAGAAGAUCGUCAAGUGUUUCAGCAAGCUGUAUUCAGCCUACUCUCUGAAUGUGGCCUCCAUGUACCUGAAGUUGGGCAGGCUGUACAUGGGGCAGGAGAGGCACUCAGUGGGCAUCAGCACUCUCAAGAAGGCAGUGGCCAUAAUGGAGGUGACUCAUGGGAAGAAUCACUUCUACUUGACAGAGUUGCGCAAGGAGAUGAUGCAAAAAUGAAGUUAAAGAAAUUGUGACUUUCCAACCUGGCUGAUCUUAAAGGACUGCAGACACUCCUCUGAUGAGGAGCUUUAAGGAACUGAAGGCACUUACUGCUCUUUCUGGUACUGAAGCAAAGAAGAAGCGCAUUCAUGUUUUUUUGUUUUUUUGGUAUGAAAUGUUUUUGUAGAUUUCACUUUUUACAUCAGUGUUAUGUAUGCAAGAACUUAGUCUACUGAAUGCAGGAUACU